UGCAUGUACUACACAUUUCAGUCAUUGCAUUUCUGAACAGACAUUUAAAUAAUAUCAUUUAAUUAAUGGUGUCAAUUUAAAGUUGUGUUAGAAGUUAGCGACACACAUCCAACUAGAAGGCUGGAUUUUUUUUUUAAAAGUCCAUGGUCACACUACUGGGUAUGGUUGUUUGACUAUUUGUGACUUUGGAGUAGGAGCUUUGAAAGUUUUAAACUGCAAUGGCUGACGAACGACACUGUGCAUGUAUAAUAGUCAACAGUCAGUUCGUUUAAUGGGGUGACUAGGUAAAUCUGAUAUCCUAACAGUAUAAGAACAAAUUAAUUCAGGAUUAUAUAAUGUCAACAAAGCAUCGAGAUACUUCCACUGUGCCAUCCACCACAGUUUUAACAGUGGAGGCACAGAGUGUCUUCAAUGAUUUCGACAGAGACAAGAACGGCAAAAUUGAUGAUUCGGAGCUGGGAACUGCUCUACGCAUGCUUGGUCUUAACCCUACAAAGAAAGAGAUAGAUGACAUGAUGCAAGAAGUGGACAAUGACGGUAACGGCACAAUCGAAUUCGAAGAAUUUUUGGCUUUCAUUAAGCGAUCUUACAAAAAGCCAGACGAGAUCAAACAUGAUCUGAAAAAAGCAUUUCGAGUAUUUGAUAUCAAUGGGGAUGGAUUCAUAACUCGAGAGGAGUUACGAGAGGUUCUUACGAAGAUGGGCGAAACCCUGACCGACCAUGAGGUCGACGAAAUGAUGGAGAACGCUGACAAGAACGGGGAUGGCAAAAUAGAUUAUGAUGUGUGUGAAUGUAAAACUUAUACGGUACCAAUUUUGAUGCACCAGCUGCGCAUGUCGACAAAUAAUGUCUCUUCAGUGAUGCUCAAGCCGAAAUUUUGGAAAUUCGAAAUAAUAAUAAACUUGUAAGAGGUAAAAGGAAAACUAGAGUGCCAAAAAAACUGGAGCCAAAUUCGUCCAAGGAUAGGACUAUGCAUGAGGGAGAUAAUCCUUAAUUUUGAAAUGAAUUUCUAAAUUUUAUCCCAGCAAUUAAAUAUACAUCCGUAUUUUCAAGCUAGUAACGAAUAUAAUGUUUAUGUUUUUCUGCUGUUUAUUUAUUGUGUGUAAAUAUAACAUUUUUAUGUUUAUCUGCAUGUUUUCAUAAUAUUUGAGUAUAAUAUUUUUAUGUUUAACUGCAUAUUUUCAUGUUUGAGUAUAAUAUUUUGAUGUUUAUCUGCAUAUUUUCAUAAUGUUUGAGUAUAAUAUUUUGAUGUUUAUCUGCAUGUUUUCAUGUUUGAGUAUAAUAUUUUUAUGUCUAUCUGCAUGUUUUCAUGUUUGAGUAUCAUAUUUUUAUGUCUAUCUGCAUGUUUUCAUGUUUGAGUAUCAUAUUUUUAUGUUUUUCUGCUUGUUUUUUCCAGAGUACGUGGAUGUAAUGUAUCCUCAUGGAACCUAGGACAUGUGGACAACUGUUGUAUCUGUAGAAUCACCAACGAGUCUUUCAAAAUGCUGCAGCUAUUGUGAAGUUUUAUUAUGGUAUCCCACCAUUUUAGUAAAAUGUUAAUUUACUCAUUGAACAGAUGUCAGCGACAUAGAGCGAACUUUUUUUUUUUUUCUUUUUUUUUUUUUUACUGUUGAUGAUGCAUUGCAUAUCAUGUUUGUUUAUUUAUCCUAGGCACCUAAUCCCACCUCUAAUAUAUCCAGGGGUCCGUGUUUGACCAACCCUCUUCGUUUUCUUUAAUAUCUUUACCCUCUUUAUCUUGAAUACUCCGAUAUCUUGAAGUUUACUCUUUGUUCCGUCAAGUUCGAGAUAACAAAGUUAGACUGUAUUUUGUAUUCCUUAUGGAAAUUCGUUAUCUUCACCUUUUAUUUACAUGAAAUGAUUGCAUCAGGUACUUAUGUGAAACAAUAUUGAUAUGCACAUGUAUAAAUAUUAACAGUUUGUUUUUAUCAGAUUAGAUACUCGGUAUUGUUGUUAGCUUUUUUCCUACUUUUGAAUUGUACAUGUAUGUAGGACCAAACUUAUUUGCCAAAGAAUGCUAGCUAUUUGAUGGAGCGAGUGGUCAUCCUUUAUGAUUGUGUAAAUUGCCAUCACACAGAAUACAUUAAUUUAAGUGUAUUUUCAUAGACAUUUUAUGAUAGUAUUCAAUUCAUUAACGAAAAUAACGAGUGGAUUAAUCCUUGGUUGUUGAUUUAUAGCAUAGUGGUUUGUCAUUGCUGUAUUUUGCAUUUAUAUAUUUGUCCAUAUUUUAAAUCCAUAAUAAUUAUGUGUUUUUAAACAGAUACUGUUACAAAUCAUCAUAAAUGCUUUAAUUUGUUUUA